AUGGAGAGGUUCAACAAAGCAUGCUUGGAAAUUCAAGAUUUGCCUACGGAAGCAGUGAUCAUGGGCCUAGUAAAUAGACUCCGAGAAGGACCCUUCUCUCAGUCCAUCUCGAAAAGACAUCCGACUUCUUUAAGCAAUGUACAAGAAAGAGUUGAAAAGUACAUCAACAUGGAGGAGAAUGCCAUAUUACGGGAACCAGGCUGGCGACUCGGGCACCCUCACUCGUCAAGGGAGAAGGAGAGGGAGCCCAAGAAGAAAGAAGAAGUCGGGUCUGAAAGGCCCACAAGAUAUCAUUCUCAUACUUCCCUACGAGUUUUCCUAGUUGACAUUUACAGAGAAAUUUAUCACACUGAAAAGCUACCUCCCCCUCGAUGCAUCAAGAACAAGAAAGGGGGAAGUCGUAGUGAAUACUGUGAAUAUCACAAGUUAUAUGGGCACUCUACCAAUAAUUGUUACGACUUAAAAAAUGUAACAGAAAAGUUGGCCAAAGAAGGUCAGCUUGAUAGAUAUCUCAUGGAAAGAUCGGACAAUCAUGGAAAAAGGAAACGAGAUGAGGAAGAUCGGAGAGAUCUGCCACCACGGACCCCGGAACGACAUAUACAUAUGAUAUCGGAAGGGUUUGCUGGGGGAGGACUCACCAAAUCAUCUCGUAAAAGACAUCUGAAGGAAGUUUACCAAGUUGGGAGCGAGCUGCUCGACCUCCCAACCAUCUCUUUCACCAAAGAAGAUGGGCAGGGUAUUGUUCCUGGACAUGACGAUCUGGUGGUAAUUACCAUGAUUCUCGCCAACGCUCAUCUACACAGAACACUGGUGGAUCAGGGGAGCUCGGCAGACAUCCUGUUCAAGCCAGUGUUUGACAAGUUGGGAUUGGACGAAAAGGAGUUAAGGGCAUACCCUGACACCCUCUUCGGACUGGGGAACACACCAAUAAAACCACAAGGAUUUAUAUCCCUACAUACAACUUUUGGAAAGGGAAUAAAAUCCAAAACUCUAAGCAUCGACUUCAUUGUCGUUGAUGUGGGCUUGGCCUAUAAUGCCUUUAUAGGUAGAACGGCCCUAAAUUGGCUUGGAGCAGUGGUAUCUACCCUCAUCUUUGCAUAA